AUGCUAAGGUUACCCACUAGAACAAUACGAAAGUCAUCGCUUAUACCCAAGAGGCUAAUCUCUUUGAAGGGGUCUCAUUUACAUAAACCAGCUUCAGAACUGGUUUCAAAUGCAUCAUCCUCAAAUUCUGGAGUUGGUCAAGGUUUAGGUUUCAUGAAAUCUUCACAAAUUAGUAUGUCUCCAGGUUUUGAUCCAUUUGAUAGAUCUCAUGCCGCCGCUUUGAACCAAACUACUCAAUCAAGAGAUGUUAUGCAAUUGUGGUCACUUUUAGAAGCAUGUCUUUGUUCCAAAUAUUAUAAUAGAGCAUUUUCCAUUUUACAAUCGCUUUACAUGGUCGGACCUCAUAGACCAUAUUUUAUAGAUGAUUACAACAUGUACUUGGAAAGUUUAGUGGAAAAUGGAAUAAUGACAUCCAUAAGUCAGUUGGAUAAAAAAUUAUCUGAUGAUUUACAAAAUACUUUUAGAGAUGUGGAUUAUAACGAUAGGACAUUAGCCAUCAUGGUACACCAUGCUAUAAAAUAUGACCAUUUACAAUCUGAGACCCAAAAUCAUUUAAAGAUUUAUUUCAGGAUGAGUGUUGGGGGUAUUAAAAGCAUACUUUCUCACGUCAACGUUUUAACAGUAUCAGAUUAUGCCGCAUUGCAUGCAGAUUUAAAAAUGAUUAAUCUUAAUGAUGUACCUGAAGCCGUAAGGCCUUUAUUAGAAAACAGAGCCCAAGAAAGGAAAAAAUUAGCUCAAGAAGAGUUGGCUACCCUAGAGGAAAAUAAAGGUAGUGUUGAUGGAAACCCCUUAGCCGCCAAUGACCAUAAAGUGGAAGAUGACCAAAAUAAAUCUAUUUUCAGUUUAGAUCAAGAGGUGAAACCACUGGAGAAAGAUGCAACUACUUUAAAGGCGGUAGACACCUUAAACAUGAGAGUUGUUAGACAUGCUCUUCUAGGUCUUUCAUUAAAUGAGACCCAAAGGGAACAAAUCUUGAAGUUUAAUUUUGACGCCAGUAGUAAUUUGUUAAACAUGGAUGAUAACAGGUCUUUAGAUUUCUUCGAAAUUUAUCGUUCUUUAUCGAAUGAAGAGGAUAGGUCCAAAUUCGAAAAGGCUUUAGACGAUUUUAACCAAGAAAGACAACGUGCUUUGGAGAAUCGUGCCACCGAUGCGGCUAAGGAACGCUGGAAGCACGAUUUUGAAGAGGCAAAAGCCAGAGGUGAUAUAUCUAUCGAAAAGAGAUUAAACGUGAAAUUAUGGCAGUGGUACAGUGCUAUGUUACCAUUAGUGAAAGAAGAAGUCAAAUUAUGUUCUCAAGUUUUUGAUGGUUAUGCUAACGAAAAGAAAAAUGCAUCAAAGGAGGACGCUAAACAAGAGAGGGCUAGAUUAGAUUAUGGUCCAUACCUCUCAUUAGUGGAUCCCGAAAAGAUGUGCGUCAUUACCAUCUUAGAAUUGUUAAAAUUAAAUUCAACUGGUGGUAUCAUUGAGGGUAUGAGAACUGCUAGAGCUGUUAUUUCUGUUGGUAAAGCCAUCGAGAUGGAGUUUAGAUCUGAACAGUUACUAAAGAGUGAAUCACAAGCCUUUAGAGACCUUGGUAAGAAUUCACAUGAACUCAAGAAGUACUUACAGAGGGCAAAAUCAACUUUCAGAUCCAUGAAGAUUGAGGAAAAUAAAAUCAUGUGGCCUCAAGCGGCUCGUGCAAAGAUUGGCUCUAUUUUGAUUUCCAUGUUAAUCCAUGUCAGUAAAGUCGAAGUGGAAGGUGUAGAUCCCGUUACUAAACAAAAAGUUUACGGUGAAGCGCCCGCAUUUGCCCAUGGUUACCAAUAUCACAAUGGGUCCAAAUUGGGGGUUCUGAAGAUUCACAGAUCUUUGGUGCAUCAACUAAAUGGUGAGCGAUUAGUUGCCUCUGUCCAGCCCCAACUCUUACCCAUGUUGGUUAAGCCAAGACCUUGGAAGAAUUGGAAAUCUGGUGGUUAUUACUACACUCAAUCUACUUUGAUCAGAUCUAAAGAUUCUCCAGAACAAAUUGCAUACUUGAAAGCAGUAUCGGACGCAACUGCUAUUAAUACUGUGUAUGAUGGUUUGAAUGUUCUUGGUGAAACUCCAUGGACGGUCAAUAGACCCCUUUUCGAAGUUAUGUCCAAGGUUUGGAACAGUGGUAAACCAUUCCUAGAUAUUCCUGGAGUACAAGAGAAAUUGACACUGCUACCACCACCACCAAGAGAAGCCGAUCCAUCGGUACAUAGGGAAUGGAAACUGAAGAAUAAAGAACUUGCCAACAGGUUUUCCAGUAAUAGAUCUACUAGAUGCGAUUCGAAUUAUAAACUGGAAAUAGCUAGGGCAUUCUUAGGUGAGAAGUUUUAUUUCCCACAUAAUCUGGAUUUCAGAGGUCGUGCUUAUCCAUUGUCACCUCAUUUCAACCACUUGGGUAAUGACAUGAGUAGAGGUCUGUUACUAUUCUGGAAUGGUAAACGUCUUGGUCCUCAAGGUCUAAAGUGGUUGAAAGUCCAUUUGUCUAACUUGUUUGGUUUUGAUAAGGCAUCUCUACUUGAAAGAGUUCAAUUUGCCGAUGAACACAUUGAUGAUAUCAAACAAAGUGCUCAAGAUCCUUUGAAAGAAGAUGCGUGGUGGAUGAAGGCUGAAAAACCAUGGCAAGCUUUGGCUACAUGCAUGGAAUUGAACGAUGCUAUGAAAUUGGAUAAUCCCGAAGAUUUCAUCUCUCAUCAACCAGUGCAUCAAGAUGGUACCUGCAACGGUCUUCAGCACUACGCAGCUCUAGGGGGGGAUAUUGAUGGUGCCACGCAAGUUAAUUUGGUACCCAAUGACCGUCCUCAAGAUGUCUAUGCACAUGUUGCCAAAUUAGUAAUUGCCAGACUAGAAAUUGCCGCUGCUAAGGGUGACGAAGUCGCGAUGAUUUUGAAGGAUAAAAUUACAAGAAAGGUGGUUAAACAAACUGUGAUGACAAACGUGUACGGUGUUACCUAUGUGGGGGCUACUUUCCAAAUUGACAAGCAACUUUCUAACAUUUUUGAAGAUCGUAAGUAUUCCUUGGAACUUUCGAAAUACUUAACGAAACAUGUAUUUGGAGCCGUUCGUGAGCUUUUCCAAGGUGCUCAUUUAAUUCAAGAUUGGCUUGGUGAGUGUGCCAAAAGGAUUUCCAAGUCCAUUAGAUUGGAUGUGGAUGAAAAAUCUUUCAAAAAUGGUAAUAAACCUGACUUCAUGACCUCAGUCAUCUGGACUACACCAUUAGGUUUACCAAUCGUUCAACCUUAUCGUGAAACGAGUAAGAAACAGGUGACUACCAAUUUACAAACCGUUUUCAUCAGUGAUCCUUUUGGAGUAAAUCCAGUGAAUGCUAGAAGACAAAAGGCAGGUUUCCCACCAAAUUUUAUCCAUUCUCUCGAUGCUUCUCACAUGUUAUUAUCCGCAGCGGAAUGUGGUAGAAAUGGCCUGGAUUUUGCAUCUGUUCACGAUUCAUACUGGACGCAUGCCUGUGAUGUGGAUAACAUGAACGUUUUCUUAAGAGAACAAUUCAUCAGAUUACAUGAAGUUGAUCUAAUUGAAAGAUUAAAGGAUGAAUUCGAUGAGCGUUACAAAAAUUACGUACAAAUAGCCAAAGUGGAAAGAACAUCUGAAUUGGCAAAACAAAUUAUGGCGGUAAGAGCUCAAUUAUCCAAAGAACUAGGUAGACAAGCAACGUUGUCGGAUGAAAUCUUCAUGGAAAAGAGAAGGAUUCAAAUGCUGCAAUCAGAAGAUCCUAACGAAGUAGCAAAAGGUGAAAACAUGGUUACCACAGUUUCCUUGGUGGAAGCAACUGGAAGCAUUGAAGAUAUCGAAUCCAAGAAGUCAGAUGCAAGCACACUAGUAAUUUUAACACCACUAAGGUUACCCCAAAUACCACCAAAAGGAAAUUUCGAUGUGAGAGAAUUGAAAAACAGCAAGUACUUCUUCUCUUGA